AUGACUGCCGAACCGCCAAUCAAGAGAUCAAAGCUCGAACCAAUGCUCAAGGUGCUGUUGCGCUCAUCUAGUGCCAAAUUACCCACAAGGGGAUCUAGCCUGGCUGCUGGCUAUGACCUGUAUGCUUCUGCCCCAGCAGUCAUUCCAGGGAACGGACGCGGUCUCGUUUCAACAGACGUUACCCUCGUGAUUCCCGAGGGAACAUAUGGUCGUGUUGCUCCUCGCUCAGGACUCGCCGUGAAACAUGGAAUUUCUACCGGCGCGGGUGUCAUUGAUGCCGACUAUAGAGGAGAGGUCAGAGUGCUACUCUUCAACCACGACGCUGCUGAUUUCAAGGUUGAGGCUGGCGAUCGUAUUGCUCAACUGAUUCUCGAGAAGAUCGUGAAUGCUCCUGUCUUAGAAAUUACCCAAGAGGAGUUGGACGUGACUGACCGUGGUGAAGGUGGAUUUGGAAGCACUGGUACCAACUAA